CUGGCCUCAGUCUCAAGUUCGUCCUUCUCGCCCAGAGGCCCUUAGAUCGCCGAAAAUGCCGUUCAAGAGGUACGUGGAGAUCGGCAGGGUCGCUCUCGUCAACUAUGGAAAGGAAUAUGGAAGGCUCGUUGUGAUCGUCGAUGUUAUAGAUCAAAACAGAGCCCUUGUUGAUGCCCCGGAUAUGGUGCGGACCCAAAUGAAUUUCAAGAGGCUUUCACUCACAGAUAUCAAGAUCGACAUCAAAAGGGUUCCAAAGAAGAAGACUCUGAUUGCAGCCAUGGAGGCUGCUGAUGUGAAGAACAAAUGGGAGAACAGUUCCCGGGGCAGGAAGCUAAUUGUGCAGAAGAGAAGGGCCUCACUCAACGAUUUUGAUAGGUUCAAGCUUAUGUUGGCAAAAAUUAAGAAGGCUGGUGUCAUUAGGCAGGAGCUUGGAAAGCUGAAAAAGGAGACCAAAGCCUAAAAUAUAUUGUCUUAGUGUGUGUGUUAAAUCUUUACCAAGAAGUUACAUUCGUUCUUG